CGAUCCAUUACCCAUUUUGCCACGUACGAUGGUAGAGCUUUCUUGGUGGCAGGCGCCGUACUUCACGGAGCCCGGAUGGAGGCCCAGCGCCAGCCCCGUGCCCUAUUUCCUAGGCGCUCUGGUCUUUAUGACCGUUGUCUAUCUGUUUGAGACGUAUCUGGACAUCCGUCAGCACCGUAAGUUGCAUGACAAGCGGUUCCCGAAGCCAUUGGCGGAGGCGAUCGAGGGUCUCGGCAGCUACCGCAUGAAGAAGGACGAGAAGGAAUCAGAAGAUGAUAAGAAAGAGGAAUCGGAAACGCAGGAGGAGGAGGAGACGACGCUGCUGGCUGCGAUCCAAGCCAAAUUCGACAAAAGUCGCGCCUACGGACUGGACAAGAGCACGUUCGGCUUUGUGCACGGCGUCUACAACCAGUUGGAGGCCUCAGCUUUCUUGCUGCUGGGCUAUCUGCCCUUCAUGUGGACCAUGAGCGGCAAGGCACUGCUGUCUUUGGGCCUGGACGCCGACAAUGAGAUCUACCGAGCGCUAAUGCUACUGACACUCACGACCAUCCGGGACACGCUCGUGGGCAUCCCCUUCGGACUUUACUCGACAUUUGUGGUAGAAGCUCGUCACGGCUUUAAUAAGCAGACACUGGGACUGUUCUUCAUGGACAAGAUCAAGAGCUUCGGGCUGUUUAUUGUCAUCGGAUUCCCCGUCACAGCUGCGUUGAUCUACGUCAUCCGAUGGGGAGGGGAGUACUUCUACAUGUACGUCUGGGCGUUCCUCUUUGUCUUCUCCGUCGUCAUGAUGACGCUCUAUCCAGUGCUCAUCAUGCCGCUGUUCAACAAGUUCACGCCACUAGAAGAGGGCGAGCUCCGUACGCGCAUCGAAGCGCUGGCUGCGAGCCUCAACUUCCCGCUGACCAAGCUCUUCGUCACGGACGGCUCCAAGCGCUCCAGUCACAGCAAUGCCUAUUUCUUCGGACUGUUUAAGAGCAAGCGCAUUGUAUUGUUCGAUACGCUAUUGGAGCAGGCGACGCACGACGAGAUCGUUGCUAUACUGGGCCACGAACUUGGACACUGGAAGCUCUGGCACACUGCGCAGGGCUUUGUGAUCCAGCAAGUGUACAUCUUGGCUUCCUUCUACGUGUUCGGACUCUGCAUGAAUGAUGCUGAGCUGUUCGCAAGCUUCGGAUUCGCAGGAGACUCGUCCAAGCCUGUGAUCAUCGGCUUCCUACUCUUUUCGCAGACCAUGUGGGCUCCAGUGGAGCACGUACUGUCCUUCUUGAUCACAUUGAACACUCGUAAAAACGAGUUCCAAGCAGAUGCGUUUGCGGUGGACCUUGGCCAUGACGUCGCGCUCAAAUCCGGACUCACUAAGCUUGCGAUCGAGAACCUGUCCAACAUGAACCCGGACGUGCUGUACAGUGCCUACCACUACAGCCACCCGCCCCUCGUUGAGCGCCUGAACGCCAUCACGGCACGUGCCAAGAAGUCGCAGUAAGGAGCGAACAACAACCUGUGAGCUUUGUAACUUGGAACAUGAUUCUUGCAGCUCUGUUUUCAACUACCUGCACACUCCGGAUAUGUUGUACUGGAAGGUUAACAUACGCACUAAUGUAUUUUACGUCCAACUACUGUAAACAACACUACACAGCGCCGUGGACUCUCCUGACAAGCAGUUUUUGUCUGCGUAUACCGAGGAACAACAGAAGAGGAAGGCCGAAGUCUAAGCACACGCAUCCGCACGCUUCAUGCGUGUUUGGUUUGUGCUUGUUAGUAAGGACUCCUUGCGAGCACGACGUAGCGCAUCCGAGUCUGGCUGGGGUUGUAGAUGAUAUACUCGCUGUGAUGCAGUCCCGUUCGCUCC